AUGGCCGACGAUUUUGAUUCAGGGGAUAUGUUCCAAGACCCGGAAGGGUUUUACCCCGAAGAGGCACCUCCUACUUUUGCCGACCAUUGCAUGUUGUCCGGCCAUAAAGUCCGAGUUCGUCUCGUCGGCAGCCACCCUCUCUAUGGAAAUUUGCUAUGGAAUGCCGGGCGUACCAGCUCUCAUUAUAUUGAGGAGCACACCGAGCGUCUCAUCCGAAACAAGGAUGUGCUCGAGAUCGGUGCCGCAGCGGGUGUUCCCAGCAUCGUGAGCGCCAUCCAAGGAGCGCGCACAGUCGUCUUGACCGACUUCCCAGACGCAGAUCUGAUUCAAAACAUGCAAUACAACGCCGAUCUGUCUGCCGCCGCCAUUCCAGCCAGAGAAGACGGCAAACCCCGCCUUCACGUAGAUGGCUACAAAUGGGGCAGCGAUGUCAGCAAGCUGAGGGCGUAUCUGCCACCCGCUGCUGAUGGAUCUCCUUCCAUGUUUGAUCUCCUUAUCAUGGCCGAUGUGGUGUACAGCCACCGUGAGCAUCCGAACUUGAUCAAGACCAUGCGGGAGACGAUGAAGAAGGACCCUAAUUCGGUUGCUUUGGUCAUCUUCACCCCCUAUCAGCCAUGGUUGCUGCCCAAGACUGAAAAGUUCUUCCCUUUGGCCGAAGAGAAUGGAUUUACCGUCACUAAGAUCUUUGAAAAGGUGGUUGACGCGGUUUUGUUCGAAGAUGAUCCUGGUGAUGAAAGAUUACGCAGAACUGUGUUUGGAUAUGAGAUCCGAUGGUCACAAGAGGAAUUGGAGGAUGCGGGGUCACAUGCCACAGUCCCCCGCAAGAAAAAAAAAGUCCGCCGAAACAAGCCGCAACCACCAACGAUGCCGCUCAUCAUUUUAACCGGAUACCCCUGUUCGGGCCUCACCUACCGCGCCAAUCAGCUAGCAUCCUUGAUCGAAAAACACCAAGAUGAAUUAUUUGCGGCCGCUGAGGCAGGCGCACCAGUCACAUUGAAGUCCCGAUACAAGAUCCAUGUGGUCGCUUCGCAUGACUCUUCCCACACUCGAAUCGUAUACGACCAUGCCCGCACAGAGAAAGAGGCGCGCGGAGUCGCCUACGCCCGAACCAAGCGCGUGCUCAAGCGAGACAGCAUUGUCAUCCUCGACGGAAUGAAUUAUAUUAAGGGAUGGAGGUAUCAAUUAUGGUGUGAAGCGAAAGCUGCGCAAACAUCAUGCUGUGUGGUCCACGUCGGAACACCCGUUGACCAGUGUGUCGCCAACAACGACGCUCGCCUGCGCCGCGACGCCGAAAAGCAAUCCCAAGGCGAAGAUGUACCAUCCUCCGAAAAGAAAGAUACCCCAACCGAUUACGACAAUGAAGAGGCAUACCCAUCCGAACUGCUCAACAACCUCAUCUUCCGCUACGAAGAGCCAAGCACCCACAGCCGCUGGGACAAGCCGCUCUUCACAGUUCCCUAUAGCGACCCCACCCCCCACACAGCAACCGGCACCAAAGGCGGAAAAAGCUUCGCAGCUCGCCGAAUAAUCCCACACCAAGCAACCGUUCAAGCAACAGCCACCGACUCUAACGCAAUGUACGCAAUGGAAAAGCGCACGUCAGCAGUCGUAACUGCCAUCCGCAACUUCACCACAGCCCACCCAACAGCAGACAUUGCGCUCGCACAAAGCAGCAUCUCAGACGGCCUUGCAAUUCCUGUGCCGGACGUCUCAGUCUCUGUCCUCGUGCCGUCGCACGUCGUGUUAUCAGGCACGACGGAGGAACUAGCCGGUGCGGGUGGUGUCCUUGCGUUGCCGCGGUUGCAGCGCUUGCGGAGACAAUGGAUUGGUUUGAAUCGGUCUUAUAUUGGGUUUGGACAUGGCGGUGGUGCGUUGACGGUCGAUCAGGUUGGGGAUGCUUUUGUCAGGUUCCUUAACGCUGAGUUUUCGGGGAAUGCUGCGGGGACUGAAUAG